AUGGCAGCAAAUCCUCGCUCGAACAAGUACAAAGUCCUGACCGACGCCGAUGUGGAGCACUUCCUGACCCACGGUUUCGUGCGGAUCCCCGGGUGCUUCACCACCGAGGCGUCCGACGAAUGGACCAAGGACGUGUGGUUGCGGCUGGGCAUGUCGCCGACGGACAAGUCGACCUGGACGCGCGAACGCACCAACAUGCCGGAACACCAGCGGCUGAAGGUGCCGGAGUUCGCGCCCAAGGCGUGGGACGCCAUUUGCGACCUCGUCGGUGGCGACGAAAAGGUGACGCCGAAGUCGAAGACUUGGAGUGAUUCUUUCAUUGUCAAUCUGGGAACGCAGGAGAACGAGGGCAAGACGUUUAGUCCACAGGAGUUGAGCCAGUGGCAUGUUGAUGGCGAUUUCUUCGUUCAUUUCCUUGACUCGCCUGAGCAAGGCUUACUGGUCAUUCCGCUGUAUACCGACAUUCAUCCCAAUGGCGGAGGUACGUGGAUUUGCUCUGAAGGCAUUACGAGAAUUGGAAAAUGGCUGUACGACCAUCCUCAAGGCGUCGACCCGCGGAUGAACCCGGUUGAUGCGCCAGACGGGAACGCAUUCGAGGGCUUAUCAUUCUUUAACCAGACAGCACAGGUCUCCUCGCCGUCCUCAUUCCACGAGAUGACCGGGAAAAUCGGCGACGUGAUCCUCCUACACCCACUGAUGCUGCACUCUGCAUCGAAGAACGGACUGAGGAACAUCCGCAUCAUCACCAAUCCUCCGGUAUCGCUGCUCGAGCCGUUCAAUUUCGACCGCGGGCCGAAUGAAGACGCCUACAGUCUUGUGGAGUUGAAGACCAUCCGGGAUUUAGGUGGGAUUGAAAAGCUGAAGGGAUGGACGAUCCAAGGCGAGAGGAAGGCGGUGAUUCCCGAGCGGUUGAGGCACCAGGCGAAGAUGAUGGAGGAGGAGAAUCGAAGGUUGAGGGAGAGUGGGCGAGAGUAUAAAGAGAGAACACAGACCGAGGAGCAGAUCAAAGAGCAGGCUAAUCGGCUGCAGCCUAUUGCGGCUGCGUAG